ACGGCCAUAGGGGCCCUGGUUACGGAAGCCGGGGAGGGUUGAGCUCAGAGGCCACCUCGAGGAAGUUAGCUUUGGAAACCCGGUUAGUGGUGAAGAGCUGUCUCAGGCACAAUGGCGACUGUGGAAGCAAGCGGCAACGAUGGGAAAGGGCAAGGGGUCGAGACCUCCGUCACCUAUUAUCGAUUGGAGGAGGUGGCGAAGCACAACUCCAUGAAGGAGAUAUGGCUGGUGAUCCACGGGCGAGUCUACGAUAUCACCCGUUUCCUUAACGAGCACCCUGGGGGAGAAGAGGUUCUAAUGGAACAAGCCGGUGCCGAUGCAAGUGAAAGCUUUGAAGACGUAGGCCACUCUUCUGAUGCCAGGGAGAUGCUCAAGCAGUACUAUAUCGGCGAUGUGCAUCCGAAUGACCUUAAACCUGAAAGUGGUAGCAAGGACUCUUCGAAAGAUUCCACAUGCAGAAGUUGCUGGUCAUACUGGAUUUUGCCCAUCAUAGGCGCUGUUGUCUUAGGUUUCCUGUAUCGUUACUACGUGUCGGAAAGCAAAUCCUCCUGAGGAGAUGGCGUGGAAGUCGGAGAGCAUAUCCGUCCGGAGUGCAAGCUAGAGACUUGUUUGGAGGUCAAGCGAUGCCCUCUUCUCGAAUCCUGCCGGGUGUGUGCUUCCCCUUUGGAACCCCAAUGGUUGGCUAGACAUCCACCCCAGACCUGGGGCCUGUGUCCUUCAUCUCCCAGAGCCUUACUCCCAAAGCACCUGCUCGUUGUCCUGUGUGUCUGCCAGGGGCCUUCUCUCCACUGGCUUCCACCAGCCCCCUUUGCAUUUCCAGACUUGGUUUUAUAAUUACAAUCUGGAUGUCCUUGUGACAUUGUUCUUUGGUAAAAACGCCUGAUUUCCAGUGUUUUACAUGCACACUAGACAUUCCUAACAGGGCAGCACACUCUGGUUUUGAAGCUUUUCUUUUUCCAUUUUUCUUUGAAGUAAAUAUGUAUACACAUAUGUAUAUAUAUGGGUUGUUUUUUUUUUUUAGCUCUGACUGAAUUCUGUUAUUUAUCAUAAGGGAUUUAACUUACGAAGUAAAGUUGCACACCCAUGGCAUAAAACACAACUGCCAAAUGCUCUCGCUCCUUGUUUGUAUUUAUUAAAACUGGGAAGGACCAUGACAUCCUGUCCUCCCUCCUGAGCUGUGGAGCAGGUAACUCUCGCCUCGCCCUUCCCCUUUCCUCACCCCUCCCCCGCCCAGGUCCGCCGAGUGGUGCUGGACAGAACUGUGCUUCUGUUGUAUUUCUUGGGAGUGGAGAGAAAGAGGGGAGGGGAGAGAUGAAUUGGAGUGAUAGGGUGAAUUUGUAGUCCUCUUUGUUUUGAAAAAUACUGAAAACACUACUUUAGGACAGGAGUUUAGGAAAAGCACCAAAGACUUCACUUUAUUUUUUUCCAAAGACUUCAUUCUUUACUUUGGUUUGGCACCAGUUUCUAGCCAUCCUUUUUCCCUUUUCCCCCCAACCAACCAACCAACCAUCUUUUAUUGGUAAAAUACAAAAUUGUAAUUAUAGCUAUUGAACUUCACCAGGGAUUUUGCUGCUUUUAAAUGUAUUGCAUAGCCAAUUUUUUCAUUUCCUGUUUUACAAAAGUGAGAGAGUCCAACUUGCUCAAAGAUCCAGUAUUUGAUCUUCUGUUUGUUGGCCCCAGUAACACAACUUCCAUAGUUCAGUGGCAUUCGAAGGGGGGGGAUCAUGACAAAACAAUGUUUUCUAUUUUUUACCUUCAUGGCUCUAAUUUGUGGUUUUAUUGUUUUUCCACUGAGGAAAAAAAGAAAACAAAACCAGCUAGUAGUUUUAUCCCUUGGAUGAGUGUUUAAUUGAAGAGUAGGUCAUUAUUUAGAAUUCUGUUAGUGUUUCUUCUUGGUUCAGGAAUUUCUCUGGCUUAUUUGACUUAACUUUUUUCCCCCCAUGGAAACACCUGAGGACACAGUACACUGGCUGUUUUCUGCCAACAACUGUCUGUGGUGAUUUUUCUCGCCCGUUUUUAAGGAUUACCAGUCUGCUUCUGAGCCAUUGUCCUAUGUAGCAGGGAGCAGCUUGGUUCUAGAAGGACCAUGAACACCACUGUCUCCUCCCCGCUUACAGCUGGCCACGGAAAGGAAAGAGCAGUGUCUGUCCACUACAAAACUAGGAAAGGCUUAACCUUUUCCUGCAGUUGAGUGUAUUCAGAAUUCAUCAAAAUAAUAUUGACCUUGUAUUUGCACACUUGGAUAUGAUAUUAUGGAGAAAUUUCAGGGGAUUUUUGAGAGACUUAUACGUCAGGGAUAUGGGAAUAGUCAAACUUACCUUUAGAAAGCUUUGUAUAAGAUGCCACUUUUAGACAAUUUAUUAAAAAGAACCUUUGGUUGUUCCGGAACAGGAGUGGUGUGACUGUUGGUGCUCCUCCUGUUUGAAGGCGUAUGGAAGGGUUGCCUUGAAUAUGAAUUGGUAUCUACUUGCUUUAAUAAUCAAGCUGCACGAUUACAUGGGCCACAUUGGGGUAGAAAUAAAGAACAACGGAGUAUUGAGGAACUGAAAGGGGAACAUUUAGGCUGACACUAAGCCAGCAGAUAACUGGAAUCAAGAGUGUGUUGGCAGUCUCCAAAAUUAAAUGAAAAACAUCUGGCUUAUAAGAAAUGUUAAAGAGUGACAGUCUUAAGUAAAAUUGGUGGUUUAUUUUGGAUAUUUUUAGGGUGAACACCAACACAAAAAGUGUGUUUUUCUGGUUCAUAUUGGUUGUCUUUUUGUGUUUAUAUCUGGACUUGUUUUUACUCAGAGCCAGAGGAAAAGAUUUUCAGACUUGUCUCCACCAUCCAUGAAAUCUGUCCAACACCCAGGGCUUCUUUUGAUCUACUGCUAAUGUGAUGUCACUUUGUAUUAUAAAAACCACUUUUGGGUCCAUUUACUGUUACUCUGCUGCCUACAUCAACAGGCGAAAGGUUGAGCUAGUGUGGGAGUUUGCAGAGGUUUUUCUAAACAAUAGAAUAAUGCAGUGUAUUAGGCAAACCCAUCAAAAAGGCCUUGUUUUCAGAGGUAGACUUAUUAAACUCUUGAAACAGUCUCCACAUUGGUAGGCCGUGCAAAUCCCUCUGGAGAGCUAGUGGAGCCCGUCCCUGUCGGCCGAGCGUGCCCCCUAGAGCUGGUCUCUGGGUGCUGGGUUGUUUAUUCCCAGGGAAGACACACAAUGACUGGAGGUCACGAAAGGAGAGGAGGGAAGACGUGUGCCACCAAAAUAGGGAUGUCAGUGCCAGGCCUCCAAAAUUUCCUAGUCCCUGUCCCUCAGGAAUCAGUUCUGGUUUCUAAAUGACCCCACAUUUGUAAGGACAAGAAAGUGGUGGGGACAAAAUUUAUAGUGUUUAGUUCUUAUGCGACCCCUGAAGCAGAAACAAAAAUCCAUGGGAACCUACAAUUUGAGCCUGUAAAUUCUUUCAGCAGUUGUCAGAAAUGCACACAUUGUGAGAUAAGAGCGUCAUUGAGUUUAGACUCAUUUAGUUCCGGCGUGGAGCAAAGAGAAGUGUUCUCUGGGCCGGGCGUAUCAUUAUGGUGUCUCAGGCUUCACAGCUCAGCAUUUUCUGGUUAGAGUCCAUUUUAGGAGAUUGAAACGCAGGACAUUAACGUUCAUUACUUCCUUCCCUGGGAGAAGUGGAUUAGACGUGUCUUGUCUCAACAAGAGAUUGGGGUGGGCUUUUGUUAUUUUUUUCUUGGGGGGGAUUGGUUUGGCUUCUUUGUUUUGUUUUGUUUUUUUGGGGUUUUUUUUUUUUUGUUUGUUUGUUUUUAAGCCAUCUCAUUCUGUUGCCAAAUACCACAAAACGAAUGGGGAGUUUAGUUCGCAUUUGACUGUUAUUCUCUGAAAGGGCCUGGUUUAGAAUUUCUGGGGGUGACUUCAGACGGAGGUUCCAGGAACCCGAGUUACCUACCCAAUGUCUAGCAUCUUACUCAUGAAUCUUAGGAGCUGUUCUUUUCCUUUACCUAUAUCCUACAUGUGCUAGUUGGGUAAAAGAUGAUUCUUUAACUUCCUUUCUUUUUACUUCACCCUCUACUGUGAACGAGUAAUACUAACAUUCUUUUUGUGUAUUCAAUAAUGGAGUUUGUUUACCUAUUUUAUUUCAGCAUAUUUUGAACAAAGAUCUUUGUCUCUUUCUGCUGGAAUGUGCACACAGUGAAUGUUUGUUAGAACUACACACAAUAAAGACACUGUUUUCCUUUUCUU